GUUGUGAAUUUUCCUUUGUAAGUGAAGAAGCUCCAUCUCUGUCCAUUUUGUUGCUGGGAAAUUUCCUCACCUUUGCAUUGGUGCCAAGGUGCCAGUAUGAGGAACACAAGCACAUUUAGCCAGCCAGGAAUUGUGCUUCUGCUUGUCACAUGUCCUCUGCUGAGUGUUCUGUGUGGAGUUACCUGUAAGGCUGAGAGUGGACACCUUGGGGACUCCGAUCCUGACAGGUGUAUGAGACACCAUUUUGUGGAGACCAUCACACAUCCCAUCUACAAGUGCAACUCCAAGAUGGUACUCCUGGCUCGUUGUGAAGGUCACUGCAGCCACACGUCUCGUUCAGACCCUCUCAUCUCCUUCAGCUCCGUUCUUAAGCAACCAUUUAAAAGCACAUGCUUCUGUUGCCGCCCGCACACAUCCAAACUGAAAGCAGUGCGUCUGCGAUGCUCUGAUGGAGCUCGAAUAACUGCCACCUACCGGUACAUCCUUGCAUGCAGCUGUGAGGAAUGCAAAUGAAUGGGCUUGCCAAGAAGAAGGAAAUGGC